AUGGAUAAUAAACGUGUUAUUGUAGCAGUUUCAUGCAAGAUUAUUGGUACAGUUACAAUUGGAUGUAUUGCUGGAUCAUAUCUUUCUUUGUCUGCAUUUAUGAUUCCAGCUAUAACAUCAGCCUGUUCAUUAUCUUCUAUAUUUUCAAUGAUAAAUGUUAUAGUUAGACGUUGGAUUCGUUAUAUUUGGCCUCUUGAAUCACUUGCUUCAGUAUUAUUUCUAGGUGCUUAUAUUUUGUCAGAACCACAAGUUUCUCACCCAUAUUUACUUUAUAGUAGUUUUGGCAUUGUUUCUUUAAUUCCUGCUACAUUUUUUUAUAUUCAGCCACGAAUUACCAAAAUUAUACAGCAAAUACAAGAAAAAGAAAGUUUAACACUGUCUGAAAGGACUUUAAAGAACUGGAAUCGGUUUUAUAUUGCUAAUACGGUCUGGGCAUGUAUUAUUUUUGCAAUGACUGUGGUUGGGAGUUAUGGUGAUACGUUAUCUGCCUGA